GGACACAGCGGGGCAGGAGAGAUACCAGACCAUCACCAAGCAGUACUACAGAAGGGCCCAGGGUAUAUUUUUGGUCUAUGACAUCAGCAGCGAGCGGUCUUACCAACACAUCAUGAAAUGGGUCAGCGAUGUGGACGAGUACGCCCCGGAAGGUGUCCAGAAGAUCCUGAUCGGGAAUAAGGCAGACGAAGAGCAGAAACGGCAGGUGGGCCGAGAGCAGGGGCAGCAGCUGGCACGGGAGUAUGGCAUGGACUUCUAUGAAACAAGUGCCUGCACCAACCUCAACAUUAAAGAGUCCUUCACGCGGCUGACCGAGCUGGUGCUGCAGGCGCACAGGAAGGAGCUGGAUGGGCUGCGGACGCGGGCCAGCCACGAACUGGCCUUGAUGGAGCCGGAGGAGGAGGAGGGCAAGCCCGAUGGCUCAGCGAACUCUUCUAAAACCUGCUGGUGCUGAGGGUCAUGCCUGGGGCCGCCCCACACCACACACCCCGUUCCCUCAGGAGGUCUAUGGGCAGCCAGGGAGGCCAGGCCCUGACCCGCUGCCGGCCUCUCAUUCGAUGACCCUGUUGAGCAUCAGUAGCUGCUCCUCCCCUGCCUGGCCCUGAUGGGCGGCACUUCGUCCCCAGCUGGCCUCAGGCCUGCUCUGACCUGACCUCGUGCUCUGGGCAUCUCAUUGCCCCCAGUACCCCAGGCUGGGCCCAAGGUGCGGUCAGGGCUGCUUUAAAGCGCCUCCACGUCUGCUCCCUGCUCCCUCUCUCUGGCCCCCCUCUUGCUGUGGCCCCUUUCCUCCUGUGUGUUCUGGGUCAAGGCCCCUCCCCACAACAUGUCCUGCUGUGGGUGACUGCAGCUGCAGCACCCCAUUUUAGCCCUAUCCAAGGGAAUGGACGUAGGCUCUGGGAGGUGACCCACCACUCUGCUCUGGAGUGAGCCCCUAGCUUUGAGGGUUGUGGGGAGCUGAAGGUUUCAGGGUAUCUCUUCCUCCUCUCCUCCCCACUUCCCCUGCUGUGCCAUGGGGAGAAGGAGCAACAUCAGGAGGACAUGCCACCUGCUGGGCCUCAAGCCCGGGGGUCCGUCCAUCCUACCUCCACCUGCUCCCCAACCUGAGCUCCGCCUUGCUCGGCUGCCUGCCUGCCUCCCUGUACGUGGACUGUGCUUGGAGGCAGGUGCUUCAGAGGACACAAUGGCGAGGGGUGCCGAGGGGUCACCUCCAUUCUCUACCUCCCGUGUGGCAGGUAUAUAGCUCCUCCCCAACCCUGCCCAGAAUUUAUAGAUAUGGACCAAAGCCCGAGGGGACUGCAGGAAUGAGGAGAGGCCUGGGCCCAGGAGACUGUCAGGUAGCUGUGCGCUGUGAACGGAGGACCAGCUCCUAGGUGACAAGGGCGGGGCGGAGUGGGCCACAGUGGGUCUUUCGCAAGGCCACAGGGCAUCCAGCCCCAUCAUUCUCUUCCUCAGGUUAGGAGAGCCCUCUGUGGACUUUCCUCCCUGGCAGAGGUUAGAGGUCAUGUAGUCAAACCAGUCUUCUCUCACCGAUUCCAGUCUCCCAGUUUUAAGGUUUUCCUGGGAAGAGGGAAAGACUUUCUGGAAAGAGAGAGAGAGCCACUCAGAGCAGAAGUGCUUGGUGCUGUGAUGUUAGCCUUCAAGGCCAAGUGCCCACCUCUUCCGCUCGCUGAGUGCUGGCCCACUGGGCUGUGGCUACCAGUGAUGGGGAAGGAGAGAAGAGGACUCCUCUCCCAGAGUCUGAUGUUCUGGAAGCUUCUUAAACCCCCCAGGACCUGAGAGUAGCUGGAAGAAGCCCCUUCUUUCCCAUCCCAGGGUGCAAGGAGCAAG